AUAUAAAAGCCCCCUUGCUGAGAUUCUAACCCCAGAACUCGAGCUCUUCAAUCCACACUCAAUCUCAACUAGUGCACUUUGUGUUUAAAGAUCUGCAACAAUGUCACGCCCCUUCACCAGGCAUUUGACCUUCCAGUCCAACGACCUCGGCAAGGAGGUGACGAUCAUGCUCGCUUUGGUCGAUGAAAACAUGCAAAGCCUUUACAAGGACCGCUUCCCGGUAGUUUGGAAGGUCAGCAAAUUCGGGCAGUCGGGUCCAUACAGGGCUCAAGCUAUCUACACGAACCAGCUUGCUUUCUGCAAAGCCCAGCUCACGGAUGGGAACUUCAUCAGCGCUGGAACCAGCGUCAAGGUCAACGUCGGCCAGAAAAUAACCCUUACCGAGGCCAACGAUGUCUUUAGUUUCUCUUCCCCUUCGCAGGGAUCCUCUGGCUUCGUGCAGGCCUUGAACCAGACUGGGGCCCUUCAAGAUAUCGCAGUUGGCUUUCUUAACAAAGGAGACUUCAUGCCCACGCCUGCACUCUACUUCGACGAGGUUGGAGAUGGCAGUCAUGUCACGGCACAGUUCACUCCGAUCCUGCGUGCCUAUAUCACGUCAGACUAUCAAGAGACCUCAAUUAUACGAGGUGCCAUCGAAACCCCUGUAAUCUGGAAGCAGGACCUUUCUGUGCUUGCCGAGAAUACGGUUUGGAACCUCAAGCGCGACGGGGUCACUGGACGUUACACGAUCACCCAUGCGUGAUUGAGGAAUGCGACAUUGGGCGCGCAUAAAUAUCUGUUCUGUGAGGUCUGCAUUUCAAUGUUCACUCUGCUUUCGUAGCUUCCACCAGUGGACUCACUUAGUUGCUUGUAUGUCAUGUAUUUCGCAAUAGUUGACCGUUGUACCGUUUAUAUGGGGAUUUAUCUUUGUGUUUGAAAUCUUGCUUUUUUUUGAACAAGAUCUCCCGCGGCCCGAGCUGUGCAUGUCAAGAUACUGUGGACCUAUCGAACAUUAAGGCUCCACCUGACAUCGGUCAGUCAAAAAGUUAUAGCGCAAAGACACUGACGACUGGAAGGUCAAAUUCCUGGUGAAGGGGCGUGACACUGAUUCAGAUUUUUAAACACAAAGUGUACUAGUUGAGAUUGAGUGCGGAU